AGCAAAAAAGCAGAGGAAAAAUACAUCCAGGAUUCUCUAAAACAAGGAUAAGCUUCCAACUAGAAUAAUGUCAAAGUUAGUGGAAUGUGUUCCCAAUUUUUCUGAAGGAAACAAUAAAAAGGUGAUAGAUGAGAUUAGCAAGGCCAUCUCUCAAACAAAGGGUUGCCGCCUCUUGGAUGUGGAUGCAGGCCCUUCCACUAAUCGGACUGUUUACACCUUUGUUGGAAAUCCAGAGGAUGUUGUCCUGGGUGCACUGAAUGCAGCUAAAAUUGCUUUUCAGCUUAUUGACAUGGCAAAACAUAAAGGUGAACAUCCCCGAAUGGGAGCACUGGAUGUUUGCCCAUUUAUUCCUGUGAGGAAUGUUACCAUGGAAGAGUGCAUUUGUUCUGCUAAUCUCUUUGGAAAAUGCUUAGCAGAUGAACUGCAUGUGCCUGUGUACCUAUAUGGUGAAGCAGCUCUGAAUGAGAGCAGAAGAUCUUUGCCUGCUCUCCGAGCAGGGGAAUAUGAAGCCCUGCCUGAGAAACUAAAAAAGGCAGAAUGGAGUCCUGAUUUUGGUCCUGCAACCUUUGUUCCAAGAUGGGGAGCCACUGUAACAGGAGCACGAAAAUUCCUCAUUGCAUACAACAUCAACUUGCUGUGUACAAAGGAACUAGCACAUCGGAUAGCACUUAACAUUCGGGAGCAGGGCCGUAGUAAGAACCAGCCUGGGCGGUUAAAACAGGUGCAAGGCAUAGGAUGGUAUUUGGAUGAGGAAAACAUUGCUCAAGUCUCUACAAAUCUGUUGGAUUUUGAAACCACUCCUCUUCAUGUGGUCUAUGAAGAAGUUUGCAAGGAUGCCAAGGAUCUCAAUCUGCCAGUAGUAGGAUCUCAGCUAGUGGGACUGAUUCCUAAAAAGGCCAUGUUAGAUGCAGCAGAAUUUUAUAUCAAGAAAGAAAAUCUCUUCAUCCUUGAGGAGGAACAUAAAAUUAGACUGGUAAUUAAUCGAUUAGGCUUGGAUUCUUUGACUCCAUUCAAUCCUAAGGAGCGCAUAAUUGAGGACAUGGUGGAGGAUGACAGAGAAAAAGACUGUCUGGUGUCUUUGUCUCUUCACACCUUUGUGCAGAAAGUUGGUGCAAGAUCAGCUGCUCCUGGAGGAGGAUCAGUAUCAGCAGCAAUAUCAUCUCUGGGAGCAGCACUUGGUUGCAUGGUGGGAUUAAUGACAUAUGGAAAGCGUCAAUUUGAGGACCUGGACCCAAUUAUGAGGCAACUCGUACCCCCGUUUCAUCAGGCCAUGAAUCAGCUAAUUGCUAUAGUAGACAGGGACUCCUUGGCAUUCAGCAGCUACAUGGAUGCUAUGAAACUUCCUAAGCAGACCCAUGAGGAGAAAGAGAGGCGUACAGCAGCCAUGCAGCUAGGCCUGAAGAAUGCUGUUGAUGUUCCUUUCUCCUUGGCAGAAAAAGUUAACUCUUUAUGGCCUUUUUUGAAAGAAAUGGCACAGCAUGGAAACAUAGCCUGCAAAUCAGAUAUCCAGGUGGCAGCUAAAGCUUUAGAAGCAGGUGUGUUUGGGGCCUAUUUCAAUGUCAUCACCAACUUGAAAGAUAUAUCAGAUGAAGAUUUCACACAACAGAUGCACAAGAAUAUUUCUUACUUCUUGGAGGAAGCCCAAAAGAAUACAACAGUUAUCCUAGAUCAUCUGGACAAGCGGGCAACAUGAAAUAUUGUAUCUACCACCAAUUUGUUUAAACAUAAAAUUCUUAUCUAUAGUACUGUUCAGCUACAUUCAGACAGAUUUGACACUUUUGAGAAAAAGAAAAAAAAUAUAACUUACUUUCUAUCCUAUACAUGGAUGAAUUUUGUUACAAAUUCAAAGGUUUUCUGGUGUAACUAAAAGGGACCUCCUUUUGCUGCCUGUUAUCCCAUCCUAAUAAUCAUGAUAGCAAUAUGAAACAAGUUUUCAGUGACCCAUCAAUGUUCAAAAGUCUUGUGUAGAAAGCUUUAAAUCUACAAAAUAUGAGCAAUGUAGCAUAUCAUUUCAGCCAUCAUGCCAAAUAUUAGAUUGUUAGAUUAAGCAAAGUUACUGAAAGGAUAAUCCUUUGGUUUAUUAUUUGAAUGACAAAUGUAUCUUGAGUGGAAUUUUGUAAAGUGGAAAUAAAUCAUGUUGUCCUCAAUAAACCCUGGCUAUGAGGAUAUGUUGUCCAGUUCCAGUUCUGCAAUCCGCUUAUGUAAUUUAUUGUAAUAUUCUUUCUGGUUUGUGUUCGGUGCAUAUAUGACUGCAAUUACUAUUCUUUUUUGUUUUAUUGAUACUUCAAUUAAUAAUGUUCUUCCCUCUUCAUCUGCGUAUAUCUGUUUAGGUUUUAGCCAAUCCUUUAUAUAUACCGCAAUUCCUCUUUUCUUUGUUUCGGCCAAGGCCAGAUGUAAUUUCACUAACUUCGAAGAUUCCAGGAUACUACCAUUUCCUUUUUUAAUAUGAACUUCCUGUAGGCAUGUGAUAUCCAUGUUUUGUUUUUGGAGUUUAGAAAUUGUUUGUCUUCUUCGAAUAGGUGAAUUUAGUCCAUUUAUAUUGACUGAUAUUAAUUUAACUUCUUCCUCCAUCCUGUUACUUGUUUGUCGCCUUUGUUCCUCUACUUGGUUUUGUUUCCCUUUGGUUUCCUGUCCUCACGCCUUCUCUUUCUUGAAAUUCUGUAUCAGUCUUCUCUCUCACUUCUUGGUCUAAUCCUUUUUUCCUGUCUGCUGCUUCUCUUGGCUUUUGGUUUC